UAAUUGUUAAUUAAUAAUUUGUAUUUAUGAUUAAUUCACCAAUGACUUAUUUCAACAUGUUCCUGAAAUUCUAAUAAGAAAUUUUGACUGGAACAGUACAGAUAUGUUGAGAGUGAAUUAAUUAUAACCAGUGGUACUGGAUAUUUUUGAGGCUACAUCAAAAAUUCUUUGAAAUUGUGGUUAAUUUAACAGCUAAAAGACCACGUGCUCAUUCCCCAGUUUGUGGUAACUCAAAGGAUUGUGUCACUCCAUUAGUUAAAAAUACAAACAUCGAUUUAUUUUUCGACGUCCUGGGAAUCAAUCAAAUGUAAAUAAUUUCGAAAAAAUUUUAUUUCAUCAACAUGGACCCUCAUCUACUUGAUUUUCAUCUUCCAAUAAUACUUCAUCAAAUUCAUUAGAAAAAUCCAAUUCAGCUAAACAAUAUGAAAAUCAGUUUACAACUGAAAUGAAUAAUAUUGAUCGAAUACUACAUGAACAUGAUCCAUCAGUAAUUGCUUGUUUAUUAGCUCGCAUUUUACAUUGACAAGGUAUUGGUUUAAUACCUAAUCCAUUAGGUCGUUUAUUUAUUCAAUUAAUUAGUAGCAUCAAACAAAAUGAAAUUUAUCAAUGUCGUGCUAUACAUUUAUUAUUUCUAUUAUGUCCAAUACGUUUAGUUCAACAAAUUAUUAAACCAUUAUUUGAAUUAAUGGCUACAGUUGCAAAUCAACCAGAUUGUGAAGUAGAUAAAACUAGUUUAGUUGUAUUAUUUUCACCGAUAUUCUUUCUUGAUCGUUCAACUACUAUACCAAUUUCAUUAGCUAAUCCAUUACCAAUACAUGUAUUAAAUUUAUGUGUUAAAUUAGCACGGGAUGAAUUAAAAACAAAUUUAUCUGUGACAAAAUUAUUUCAAGUUCCUUCAUUAUUUUUACAUGAUUGUACAAGAACAUUAAUUUUACAUCAACUUGUUUCUUCUCACAUUAUCUUGUAUAUAAUACUACUUCCAACAAUCAUUCUAAUACUGACAAAAACAAUCAUAACUCUGAAAUUACUCAUCAACGUAAUUUACUUCUUACCAGUUUAAAUGGUCUAAUCUGGUAUCAAGGUAAUAUAUUAGCUGGUACUAAUGAUCCAGAUCCAUUGGGUCAAUUAAAUUGCCUUCAACAAACAUUUGAAUGGGCAAGAAAACGAAAGGAUAAACUGGAAGCUGGUAUGUUCUCUCCCACAGAAGGCUGUUGCUGGUGAUAUCCGGUCAAUGGAUGUUGAGUAUCUUGAGAAGACAGCUAUUUGCAAAUACUUGAACUUUCUUGAUGAUGGUUGUAGUAGUUGUCGAAGUUUCAGCUCCGUACAGUAGAGGUGUCUUUGAUAUUGGUUGAAAGUUAUUUUGAGUUGCAUACGUUCUUCAAUUGUAGGAAUGCGGCCCUUGCUUUGCCAAUCCUUGCCUUUACGUCUGCAUCUGAGCCUCCCUGCUCAUAGAUGAUGCUUCUCAGAUAUGUGAAGGAUUCUACAUAUUUCAGAGUUUCGUCAUCAAGUGUGAUUGGAUUGGUGUUCUCCGUGUAGUAUUUGAGGAUCUUGGUUUUUCCUUUGUGUAUGUUGAGGCCUGCUGAUGCAGAGACUGUUGCUACAGUGGCUGUUUGUAUGCCAUAACAUACUGAGGAUCAGGAUCCUGAUCAUCACUUGUAUCCGGAUCAACAUAUUCUUAUCUCAUUAUCAUUACCAAAUCAAACUGAUCAAAAGUUAUAAUCGAAUUUAGAUCAUUUAAAUAGAAAUAAUGAUGGAUUACAACAUGAUGAUAUGGAUGAUAGAAAUCAUUUAAUUAAUGAUAAUAAUAACAUUAUCUCUUUUAAGGAUUUUCCUUCAACUACAAAACAUGUAUCCAUUGUAAAUAUACCUAAAUGUGAUUAUGUUCAAACGUCUAGUUCAUUAUUGUUUUCGGUCUAUUGUAUUUGUUUAUAUGUGUAAAUAUGAUUUAUAUGUUUUAUUGUUUCUCACUGCGUCCGCCCCUCUCUGUCUCCCCUCUCGUUCUCCCUUCCUUUGACAUAUUGACGAGUCAUUUGAAAAAAAAACGCACAAUUAACACAUGAUAAAUUAGUUAUUUUAUGGAUGGGGGUUUCUGUAUGUGUGUGUGUAUUAUGUUGAAUAUGAAAUGAUUUGAAAGGUAUUUACACCUUUUUAUUUAUCCAUUUUUGUUUGUUUGGCAUCUGUUUUGUUCAAAUGUUGGUCUUGUCAUAGAAAAAAAAGAAAAUACACAACUAUUUAAUAUAACACAUAUAAGCGAACAAUUGUUUUCAAUUAGAUCGUCAUCAGGCUUUACUCUAAUAUACAUAAAUAUUUAUACGAAAAUGUUAAACCAAUCAAUGGGAAUCUUUAAUAUUUAAUAUAAACUUUCUAUGUUAUAUGGAUGCGUAUGAAUUCGCCUCCCCUCCCCUUCUCCUUCCCCUCUCCACCAUGACAACUAUACAUUUAUGUACUCAUUUCUUUUUUUCUUUCAAUAGCAUAACUACGUUUUAAUCCUAUUUGAAGAGAAAGGGAAAGUAUUUGCUCUAUCUCGUCUGUUGUUGUUGUUUUAUCCAAAAUAAAAUCCAACCAGUGUUAUGUGUAUAUUGUAGGUGAACUUAUAAUGAUUUCAUUUUUUAUACUGAUCCUCUUUAUUGUAUCCCCUUGUUGUUCCUGUUUUUGUUGGCCUAAUUUUCCUCAACUUCUAUACUAUGUGUAAUUUAUUCAGGCGAUUGAGGUUAUGUUUAAGUUAACAUACAAUAAUAUUAACAAUGAACAAGUAGAAUAAAACAAUCUAUUUGUACAUAUAUAUCUAUAUAUUAAGUGUUAUUCUAUGUUUUUGAAAGUGAAAAGUGUUGUUUUUAGAUCGUGAUCUCAGCACGGACACAGAAGGCUCGACUAGCUUUUGUCAACUUGCGUCAUUUAUGGUGUAGACGAGAUAUCCGUCUAACAACCAAAGAACGAGUUUACUGCGCAGCAGUUCGUUCUGUCCUACUUUAUGGCAGUGAAAUAUCGCCAGUCAGAGUAGAAGAUAUUCGUAGGUUACUAGUAUUUGAUCAUAGAUGUCUUUGAGACAUUGCACGUAUAUCCUGUUAUAACCGAGUUGUUGUUAGGAAACAGGUACUAGGUAAGGAUGACAAAUGGAUUGAUGAAGUCGUGAAACUUCACCAGUAGAGAUGACUGGGACAUUUUUUAUGUAUGCCCAACCACAGAUUGCCUCGACAUGCGAUGUUUUAUGGUAUAGGAGUAGAUUGGAAGAAAGGUAGGGGCAGCCAGACCAAAACAUGGCACAAAUCCAUGAAGUCACUGACAGGUGGACUGAGUCAUGUUGGUAGGUGUAGACUACCUGGUUGAGGACCGCGCG